AGUAGCAUUUGUUGUGGAGUCAAUUUGUGGGAGGCCUGACUUUUAAUGUAAAGAAGACGAGUUUCCCUCCUCUACAUAUACUGAGAGGAAUAUCAUUACAAAGCACCAAAGGAGAGAGAAGAAAGGAGGAGAGCAGAGCAGCUCUAGCUCUGAGCUCUUUUUGCAUGAUCGCCCAUGGUUGAUUAGUGAGAAUCUGAAAAGAAAUACUCGUCUAGUUGAAUGGAUAUAUCAGCUCCACAAUACAAUAGUGCGAGUGAAUCUGGUUGGACCCAUUACUUGGACCAAUCCGCUGCUUCUGGAAAUUAUUUCCAUAUGAGUGGUGGAGUUGUAGAGGACGAAGAAGAUUUGUCCAUGGUCUCUGAUGCUUCUUCUGGGCCUCCAAUCUACCAUGAUGAUGAUGAAUGCUGCUAUGAAAAUUGGUAUCCCAAUCAUUCCUCUUCCCAACACACCAAGAACUCCAAAGAGAAGAAGAAGAAGACCGUGAAAGAAUCUAGCAUGCAUCAACAGGCUUCACACCUUGAUGAUGACACUGCUAGCUCCCCUGUUUUUAGCUGUUCCAAGAAGAAAGCCAAUUUCCCAAGAAAUGGAGUGGUGGAGGAUGCAUUGGAAUUCUCUCAAGGUUUUUCUGCAACAAGAAUGAAGCAGGUAAAGCCCAAAAUCCAGAAGCAUUUUAGUUUCUUUGAGCGCUCUCUUGCUGGAAAACAAGCUUCAGGAGAACCAGGUGGAUUUAGUGAAGGAAAAAGGAAAUGAGUUUUUUCUUCUGGGAUUUUUCUCUGCUGCUGCGUUGCUGUCAAAAGACAUUCUAGAGGACGUCAAAGGAGAAGCCAUUCAACGUCAAAAGAAACUCUUUCAUUACUCUUUUCCCCUUUUUUCCCUACCCCAAAGAAAAUAAAAUAUUUAGUUUGGCGUAGUAGAGUCCUUUUGAUGCUGCUACUGCAGUCGGGGAAAAAAAAAGAUUAAAACCCCAAAUGAGGAUUUCAUCUUCAAUUUCUCUGUUGUCAUUAAGUGUCAAGUUCGUUCUUUUAGCCAUUAA